GAGGAGGUGGAGGAGAGAGCAUUCAAAGAGGUGGAGGAGGAGAGAGCUGUCAAUGAAGAAGAGGAGAACAGGGAAGUGUCUGCUCCAGACCUAGAGGAGGAAGAGGAGGAAGUAGAUAGUAUCACUAACCCAGGAGAGAUCUCCAACCCAGGUUCAGACAGUGAGCCCAGUUCCACAGCAUCAGGAAACCAUAAACAACACAGACGGAAGAACUCAAGACAGAAACAUCACCACUGCAUGGACUGCUUCACUAGUUUCUAUGAUCCAGAGGAGUUGAGAAGGCACACUUGUAGGCCAAGACCCUGCACAGACUGUAGAGACUGUUUUACUUGUCCAACUCACCCCAAAUCUCCCCAUCAGAUUCACAAAAGAAAGAAGCAUCACCCGUAUGGUCAAUGUGCGGAGAGAUUUCAGACCCCGAGCACUUUGAAGAGGCACCAGCUCAUUCACACAGGAAAGAAGUCGUACCACUGUCGUGUAGACACCGUAAAGGCUCACCAGAGAAUACACACAGGGGAGAAGCCUUUCCACUGCUCCUUGUGUGGGAAGACUUUUUGUUGGUCAAUACAUUUGAAGAGACACCAGAAAAUACAUACAGAAGAUAAGCCUUUCCACUGCUCCCAAUGUGGGAAGAGUUUUAAUCAGUUAUCAAAUUUAACGAAACACCAACAAACUCACACAAGAGAGAAACCUUUUCACUGCUCCCAGUGUGGGAAGAGUUUCAGUCUGUCAUCAUAUCUGAAGAAGCACCAAAUAACUCACACAGAAGAGAAACCGUUCAGCUGUGAUCAUUGUGGGAAGAGUUUUAAAUUGGAAGGAAGCCUUAAGAGUCAUCAGAGAAUGCAUAGUGGAGAGAAGCCCCACCAUUGCUCCCAAUGUGGUAAGAGCUUCGGUCAGGCAGGAGACUUAAAGAGACAUCAGAGAAUACAUAGUGGAGAGAAGCCAUACCACUGCGCUCAAUGUGGAAAAAGCUUCGGUCGGUUAAAUGUCCUAAAGCAACAUCAGAGAGGACACACAGGGGAGAAUCCUUUCCACUGCUCCCAAUGUGGGAAGAGCUUCAGCGAGAAAGGAAAUCUAAAGCAACACCAGAGAAUACACACGGGAGAGAAGCCAUACAGCUGUGAUCAGUGCGGGACUUGUUUUAAAUGGAAAGAAAUGCUGAAAGAACAUCAAGAAGCAAUUCACAGUGCAGUGCCCAACACUGACCUUAUAAUGGAGCUGCCAAGCUGGGCAUCUACAUAUCUGACUAAUAUUGACUGACUGUUUUUGUAAUUAUUCUGUUAAACCUUUUUUUUACAUUUACAGUGGGGAGAACAAGUAUUUGAUAACCUGCAAAAUCGACAGUGUUUCUUACUUACAAAGCAUGUAGAGGUCUGGCAUUUUUAU